ACUAAAGCGGGUAAAGAGGUUUGAUAAUACUAUUUAUCACAUAAAGUGUCGGAAAGCCAGCUUAAAUAUGGCCGGUUUAGAGUCGAUGAUAGUGGAAGAGAAACCGCAGCCACCGAAAUCGGUGGACCGAGAGAAGACCUGCCCGUUGCUGCUGCGUGUGUUUUGCUCGACCGGACGGCACCAUUCGACGAACGAGUACGCCUACGGCAAGGUGCCUUCGAACGAGCUGCAAAUCUACACAUGGACGGACGCGACAUUGCGCGAACUGACCACGCUGGUGCGAGACGUAAAUCCGGAGACACGCCGUAAGGGCACGUACUUUGAUUUUGCCGUCGUCUACCCGGACCGGGGCUCCUCGUUCAGGAUGCGCGAAAUCGGUGUCACCUGCUCGGGCCAGAAGGGUGCGGACGAUUCGAAAACGCUGGCCCAGGCCAAGUUUACCAUCGGCGACUUCAUGGACAUCAAUAUCACGCCACCGAACCGGAUCCCUCCACCGAGACGGCAACGACCUUACUAAACAGGGGUGCCAAUGGCGCGCGACUAGGAUAGACUUUUCUUCUUCGGAAGACGGUAAUUUUUCGAGCAUAAUUUUUUCAUUUGAUGUGGAGUGCAAGGCCCAUUAGUUAAGACUCAAAAACGGCGGGGUCCCCGAGAGAGCGCGAACCGUCGUGUGUGUGUGUGUGUACGGCGUCACCACUGUCUUCGAUCAGGCCACCAAAAUUGCUGGCCCCUCCGCGCAGAGGCGGAAGACGCAUGCUUAUAAUAAAUACUAUUUCUUCUUUCUCUCUAACUAUGGGCUUUGUGGCCGCCUCAGUUUCGGUAGAACUGCUGCUGGCCGGUCGGUCGUUUCGAUUGCUUCUUGCCCAUGUUGUUCAGAUCGAGCCGCACCCCGUUCGGUAGGACGGCCUUGUUUUCCUGAUAAUCCACCUCCAGAUUGUCCUCGUCGUCCUCGUCACGGCGAUUUGGGUCGCACAGGAUGCCGGUCUCGUAGUUGUACUCGCGCUUCUCACCAUCCGGAUCAACGUAUCCGUAAC